ACAGUCACAUUUUGAGGUUCUCUCGAAUUAUCACACACAUUGUGCAAAUGCGAUGUUGCCAAUGCUGGCGUAGGUUAUUAACAUGAUCACUCACUCCAUAUGAAUACCACUUCUGCAGACCCAACUGCACCACCACCUCCGCCGCGGUCUUCCUUCAGCUGCGAUCUCCACCCUAUCGAGCAAUUCACCGGAUUCUGCCCAUCCUGCCUCUGCGAGCGCCUCACCACACUCGACAACUCCACCUCCAACACCCCUUCCUCCUCUCGCCGCCCCUCUUCAGCCGCCGCUGCCGCAAUUAAGUCCCUCUUCUCGUCCAGCUCCAAGCCCAACAACUUCCCCCCUCCCCCGCCUCCCAAACCCUUGAAACCCACCACCUUCAUCCCCGAACUCCGCCGCUCCAAAUCAUUCUCCGCAUCCAAGAAUGAAGCUUUAGGGCUAUCCUUCGAGCCUCAGAGAAAAUCCUGCGACGUUAGAGCCAGAAGCUCUCUUUCCACGCUCUUCUCGCUCCACGAACCCACUAACAACCCAACCUCUGCUUCCACCCUUCCUUCUUUUUCGUCCAAUCAAACCCAUCAAAUUACCAAAAAAAUCGAAUCUUGUGUAGUCGGAGAAGUCCAAAAUGGGGAAAGUUUCAGAGAUUCUCAAAUUGUAGAGGAGGGAACAAGUAUUGCACUCGUGGACGACGAAGGAGAUGAGAUUAGGCCUGUUCAAGAUUCCCAUUUGGAGGGUUCGAGAAAAUCGGUGGAGUUAAGCUUAACUAGCGGUGAAAUUGUAGAGGAAGUGUUUGAUCUGAGUAAUCUGAAGGCCAUGAAGGAUCACAUAGAUCUCAAUUCUCAGGAAAAGAAGAGCUCAGGAGGGAAAAUCUGGGCUGCUGCAUCUGUUUUCAGCAAGAAAUGGAAUAACUGGAGAAGGAAACACAAGGUGAAAAAACAGAGCAAUGGCGAAAACCUUGCUACAUUGCCUGUCGAAAAGCCGAUUUCGAGGCAGUUUAGGGAGACUCAGUCUGAGAUUGCUGAUUAUGGAUUUGGGAGGAGAUCUUGCGACAUAGAUCCUAGGUUUUCUCUUGAUGCCGGGAGGAUGAGCUUUGACGAUGCACGAUACUCGUUUGAGGAGCCUCGUGCAUCUUGGGAUGGCCAUCUCAUUGGGAGGAGUUUCCCGAGAAUGGCGCCUAUGGUCUCUGUGAUGGAGGAUGCACGCCCUGAUAUGCAGAUUCCGGUGGAGGAGCCGACUAAAAAGUGUGGUGAUGAUGAUGAAGGUGUGCCCGGGGGGUCAUCGCAGACGAAGGAGUAUUAUCUAGAUUCUUCUUCCUCUAGGAGGAGGAAGAGUCUUGAUCGAUCUAGUUCGAUUAGGAAGGGCGUUGUUGCUGAGAUAGAUGAGCAUAAGAUGGCUUAUAAUGCCAAGGUUUCACCUGCCACUGCUGAUUCCUUCCAUGUGGCAAAAGUGUUGGUGGAUUCGAACUCAAACUCAAACUCGAUGAGAGAUGAUCUGUCGGAGACGUUUGAGCUGAGCAGUGGAUUGAGGGAUAUCAAGUCUGUGGUUGAGGCAAAGGAGACGACAAACAAGUCUAGGAGGUGGAGUUGGAGGAUAUGGAGGUUUAUGCAGGGACGCAGCGGUGGGAACAAGGAUGGGGAUGAGGAGGAUGCCAAGUACACGAGGGUUAACGGGGUGGAGAGGUCGCUCUCUGAGUCUUGGCAGGAGACGAGGGGAGGCGGAUUCAACAAGAAUAUGUAUAGAAGCAAUAGUAGUGUGAGCUGGAGAAAUGGUGGAGCUCCUCCAUUUGCUAGUGGUAGGAAAUCGAGCGUGGAGAUGUAUGGGAACGGGAAGAAGAGGAAGGAGUUGGUGUUGGAGAAGAAUCGGAGUGGUAGAUAUUCGCCCCAAAACGCUGACAACGGCCUCCUCCGGUUUUACUUGACACCUAUGAGGGGGAGUCGGAGAGGGGGGACGGGAAAGAUCAAGCCGACAAACUCACAGCCAAUUGCAAGAAGUGUGCUGCGCCUCUACUGAGAUGCUUUGCAUUCAUUCUUCAAGGCAAUUUGCAAUUUGUUGUGUGAUCACAUAAGCCUACCCUACAUAUUUUUUUUAUUUGCAAUGCAUUGUGAAUCUGUGAUCACAAUACUAUGAGUUGUUUCAAUAAUGACUACUCUUGUUUGCAUUUGUGGAAACAGAUCUUGCCUACAUAUAAUUGUCAUUUCAGAUCAUAUAUAUGGCUACUAAUUUAGUUCCUAGUUCUUGUCUUUGAUAUUUAAUCAGGGCCUGUAAAGUAAA